AUGAACCGCACGGAAUUAUUACAGACUCAGAAACAUGGCCAUUCUAGGGUCACCUAUCAUGCCCUCAAUAGGACUUUUGAUCGUCUCUUCAAAGAGAAUUCAUUGAAGGAGAUGCAGGACGCUGUGAGAAGGAAACUUGGCUUGCCCGAAAACGCGCUGGUUAUACUAUCUCAAGUUCGUGGCGGGCAGUUGAUUGACCUUGAAGACGAUGAUGAUUUCGAUGCAUUUCAUGCAGUAAUUCACUCAGUGAGAUGUGUUGAUGUGAAGGUCACAUUACAGACGGCUGUACCACCUAUCACAACUCAAACGAUCACCCCGAAUGCCGAAGAGACUGAGGACUCAAUAAAUCACCGCAAGCGUAAGGUGGCAUUCUCUGAAAAUGAAGAUCCUAUUUGGUCUCCUUCAAUCGACGUGGACCAAGUUUUACCGCCCAGCAAAAGGCGUCGCAGUAACUCAGUUUCAAAGUCUAAACACCCAGAGGUCAAUCAGCACGACUGUCCCCCUAGUAACGACGACUCUUCCGUAAGAAUAGGGCACUCGGCCAAUUCCAACUCCUCAGACGAGGAUGUAGUGAUGGAACCAUCCUCGUCAUCUGUACUUCCUCCACCCUCAACGUUCAAUGAUACUUCCAUUAUCGCUGCAUCAGACAUCACUGUUACCGACUUCGAUCAGACAAUGCAUUCGCUAGCUGCCCCUGCUCUUCCCGAGGCGAAACGAAAGCAAAAGAGAGUUAAUAAGGCGCUGGAGGGCGCAAAUAGCAGAAAUAAAGAAGAGAUUUCCACCCAGUCAGAGAGGAAGAACAAGAAGGAGAUGGAGAAGCCAAAGGUCAUCGAGACUCCAAGUAAUCAGGAAAAUACGGCCUCUGCUGAGACGUUGAAGAUACCAGAGAGGAAGAAGAGGAAGAAGAAACCGAGAUUGGCGAAGGAAGUAAUGGAAAGUGAACUUCCCAACCAAGACACAGUGAGUUUGAGUAUGGUUGAACGAUUUCCUCAACAACUGGCAGAUGCAAUUUCGAAGAACGCUGAUGGUGAACAACGAGAGAAAGAUAGAAAGAAGAGGAAGAAGGGCAAAAAAACUGAACCUGAUAAAACCGAUGCCCGACCAUCAGGAGCAAUGAAUGGCGACUUUCACGAUGAAGUUUCAGAGCCACCCGUUCCAUCAGGAAAAGCAGCUGAAGAUGCUGCUCCAGAUCUACCAAAAAAGAAAAAGACAAACGCGAAACAGAAGGCUAAAUUCACCCCGAAGAAUUCAUCCGCGGAUGGCAAGAAAUCAGAACAGUCUGCUGAGAUGCUAUUAGUCAAAGAAACCGUUCAGGAAAUGCUCCGCAAGAACGCGGAGUCAUCACGGUCCUGCUCAUCGAAGGCACCUAGAGUAGACGAUAAAUCUACAAUGGAGCAUUCCAAGCCACAGAUCAGCAGUAACAUUCGAGCAACAACGGCCGUCCAAACUUUCGGCGAGUCUGACUCUGAUGAUUCGAUCCAAGCCAUGCGCCUAGCUGCCCAACAACGCUACACAAAGCGAGGGAAGGAGCGAACAUUACCCGACAUCGACAUAGAGGAAGUUAUUCGAGGCCCGAGUGUAAGGCGCCUGACUCUAGAUAAGGUGAUUGGAGUUGACAUUGUUGGUCAACGCAAGGAGAAAGGCGUCAUCCUUGAGGAGGAGGAGACCCCGACAAGGAGAAGAUCGAUUGCCGCUCGGUUAGCGUCAUCUGAUUCUGAGAUGGAGGCAGACGGCGAGGAGGACUCGAUGAAGGAAGAUCAAACCACGAAUACUCCAAAGGAGCCCCCUGUUUUACUUCCUACUUCAGUGGACAAGAUGCCAGAUGCCGUCUACCCAACAAUCUCAAAUUGGUCUACCUCCUCGACGGAGCCGGAUGACGAUUCGCAAGAUGUAAAUUCCAAAGGCGAGACUGAUGAGGUCGUUCGUCCGAGUGUUGAUCGGCAAGAGGAUGCUGAAGAGCUAUCCAACAGUCGAACCUCGUUGCCCCGCGACGUCCCUGAUCCUAUAGAACCUAUACCCUCGCCAGCUCGGGAGACAAGUCCUAUCCAAGCUUCCCAAGGCGAUGUUCAUGUAUCCCCUGUCAAUGGACUAAUGACCAAACGUGGGGGAACCGCUUUAUCGGCCAUCCCCGCUCCUCGCACCUCCCGUAAACGUAGGAAAUCAAUAAGUAAUCAACCUGUGUCCGUGCAUGAGACAGCGGUUCGAGAGAGCGUAGCGAAAAUGACCAGGAGCCGUACCAAGCUGGCUGCCAAUACUCUUUCCCGAAAGGGCCCAUCUCCAAGCGCCGCACCGGAACCUCAGGAACCGGAGGCCCCUGGAAAGGAUACUCCAGAACCCACCCGUACGACACAUUCGCUGGGAGACCUAGACCAGACUGGGGAUGACAACGUUCCGCACGAAGCAUGGACGGCAUUAGACGACAUGUCUCCGACUGAACCCGAGUCGUCGCUUAUGAUGAUAGACCAGUUGCGAAGCUCUCUUGAACCUGAGCCAGACUCGCCCUUAUUCCUGUCCAGCGAAACACAACCAGGUUUCCCCUUCUCGCAAUGGCGCGAUGCACAGUUGCAGGGUGCGAACGGCCUUGCUCACUCGCCUCGGGACUCACAGGACGAGGAAGAGGUGGUGGCAUCGGUUACCUCUCAGAGGAAGAGGCCCUCUGCACCUCCCACUUUCCGUAGCCUGACACAAAUUGCGAGCCAGCCCAAGAUCUACAGCUCGUCACCUCUUCUACCACCGUCCAUGGCGCCCCAGGUAACCAAAAAGGAACUCUAUGGAUCUGUUGCAAAUGGGUAUGGAGACGAGUCUGAGUCUAGUUCUGAAUCGGAAGAGGAGAUAUCCCAUAUCCCAAAAUCCAGACAAGCAGGAAAGAAAAGUUUGUAG